UCAUGUAAAGAGUCCAACAUCUCAGUGCUUAAGUCAAUAAUUGUACACCUGUCCCACCAAGAAGUGACAAUGAUGUAGUCAUUUGUGGUGCUGUUAGAACUCCUUUAACAAAAGCCAAAAGAGGAUUAUUGAGAGAUACUCCACCUGAAAUCCUUCUUAGCACAGCCUUCACAGGUCUUUUACAAAGAACUAAAGUUGAUCCAAAAUUGAUCUAAGACAUCGUUGUUGGUAAUGUCAAUCAACCUGGAAGUGGUGCCAUUGUUUCUAAAAUGGCUGCCUUCUUGUCUGGAUUCCCAGAUACAACUUGUUUGACAGCUAUAAAUAGAUUCUGUUCAUCAGGAAUUGAAGCAUGUGCUGUAAUUGCUGCCAAAAUUAGAUCUGGAAUGUUGGAUAUUGGUAUUGGAGCUGGAGUUGAAUAAAUGACUAUGUAUGAUAUGCAAAGUCAAAUGAAUGCUGAAUUACUCAGUGAUGCUAUCUUUGAUCAUCCAUGUGCAAGAGAUUGUUUAUUGGGUAUGGGAUAAACAUCUGAGAAUGUUGCAACUCAAUUUGGAGUCACAAGAUUAUAAUAAGAUAAAUUUGCUUAUGAAUCUUAAUAAAAGGCUUAUAAAGCAUAAUCAGAAGGAUUAUUCAAGGAUGAAAUAAUCCCUGUUAAGACCUUUAUUAAAGAUGGAGAUAAAACUAAAGAAGUUAUUGUUACAGAAGAUGAUGGAAUCAGAAAGGAAACCACUCUUGAAGGUUUAGGUAAAUUAAAGCCUGCUUUUGGAAAAGAUGGAACAACUACAGCUGGUAACUCCUCUUAAGUUACUGAUGGUGCUGCUGCUGUUCUUUUAGCUAGAAGAUCUGUAGCUAAAAAAUUGGGAUUACCAAUCUUAGCUAGAUUUGUUGAUUACACUGUUGCUGGUGUACCACCCAAUAUCAUGGGUAUUGGACCAGCUGCUGCUAUCCCAUAAUUAUUAUAAAGAAAUGCUUUGAAACCAAACGAUAUUUGCAUCUAUGAAAUUAAUGAAGCCUUUGCCAGCUAAUCUGUUUAUUCCGUUGAAAAAAUAGGCAUUGAGCCAAGCAGAGUUAAUCCAAAGGGUGGUGCUAUUGCUUUAGGACAUCCAUUAGGUAUAUAAAAUUUUAAGCUUUAGGAUGUACUGGUGCCAGAUAAGUAGCCACUUUAUUACCAGAAAUGAAAAGAAAGAAGGCUAAAUAUGGUGUUAUUUCUAUGUGUAUUGCUACUGGUAUGGGUGCUGCUGCUUUAAUUGAAAAUGAAUAAUAAUGAGUUU